AAGUCCCGGACAAGAUGCCGACCUUUUCAGAACAUGCAGGAGAAAAUCUGCCCGCAGUGUCCGAAGAUUGAGUGUCCAAAAGCCCCGUCUGCAGAUGAAGGAGCUAUUGCCCAGGUGCCCAAGACCCUGAAGUCAUUUCUCAGCAGACACUGGGAAGGCAUGCAAAACGAUGCGGUGGUGGUUGUCAAAACUCAAAUGAAAUCUGUUCCGGGUUACAUCGUCUCCCUGCAUCCGAGCGAGAGAGAUCCAGAGAUUAGUCACAGUUUGAUAGAGCGAGGUGACUGGAAGGAACAACUAAUUGUGCGCAUGUGCCGUGAGAUGAACAAGGCCCCCAAAGAUGCCUACUUUGUUGAUGUUGGUGCUUACGUUGGGACUCUAUCUCUCGGGGUCUCAGCUUGUGGUCAUAAAGUCAUAGCAUUUGAGCCGAUGACUCGGAAUGCUUUCCUGCUCAAAGAGAGCGUUUUCCUAAAUCAGCUGCCGUCUGAGAAAUUCGUCAUCCACAACAUGGCGCUGGGGAAUGUGCAAGGCACGGCUUGCUUCCUGGCUAGCUCCAAUAACCAAGGAGACGGAAGAUUUGUCUCAGGUGGGGAUGAAGGGCAUGAGUGUAACUCCCAUGAAAACACUAUCAAGAUGUCUCGACUUGAUGAUGUGCUCCAAGAUGGCAUCCGCGUCUGGGCAAUGCACAUCGACGCGCAGGGUUUUGAACCGGCCGUCUUGGCAGGCGCAGAAGAGAUUCUAACUAGCUCCAAUCCUCCACAGUAUCUGCACGUCAGAUUGGGGAGCGUUUACAGCACGGAAGUGAUGGAGGUGUCAAGGGGGGUCGUGGAGACCUUGGCUUGGUUAAAGGAGAUUGGGUACGGCUUGAGGAAUGCUGCUAACGAACCAAUCAGAGACUUGCCUAAGUUUGUGUGGGGCCUAGGCCAUGAAGAGAGUUAUGUGUUCGGAGUGUUCGGCAUGAAGUAAUGAACAGCAUUCAACUGGUCCCUGGUUCGAAUCCAUGUUAUGAAUUUAAAUGCGAGUCUUAACACAGGUGUAGAGCAGCAUCACGCCGUGUGAUAUGGGGCUCAUUGCAAAAAGAGUAAACUGAAGUCUGCAUGCCAGACCACCUG